AUGCACUCAACCAGUGGCCCUGGGCUACGACAGCACUCUUCCACCCCAGAUCAAUUCCAGGACUGGGACCAAAUCUUCGAUGCACAUGGCGACAAUGAUAUUGAAGACAGCCCGUCGGAUUCUGACCAUCCCUCAAAUCCCCGGAUCCAAACCAAUGGUUUAACCAACUACGAUUUGAUCGGAGUAAGUAUCAGCCGACAACAGACUCAUCUACGUUCCCCCGACACUCCAGUGGCCGAGAAGGCACGAGCUCUGAAUGUGCCCAUUACCUACUUUCCAGAAACACAGCAGCUGGAUCAAGGGCUCGAGGAUCUAGGGGAUGUUCCCUCUAUCACCGUCAAGCCACCAGCGAGGACGACCAUUCGCCGUAAGACGGUGGCUUCACAUGGAAGACCAGCUGAAUUGGCAUCCUCGCGGCAGUCACUCAUUUCAGACCAAAAUGGUAGAUACUAUGAACAACUCGACUCCCCCGACCUGUCUUUCGAGCGGUCAUACCCCUCACAAAUCCGGCGACCAGAUGAUCCAACUGUCAAACCAACAUCCCCUUGGGAAUAUCGUUUCCCCCCUCAAAAGUGGCGAUCAGAAAAUGUGCUCAAGCAGGAGGAGCCAUCCCAAGGCCAACCUGAUGCUCCACCGACAAUCCGACAAUCGUUGACAAAAUCCUUACUCAGUGUUACUGGUGGUGAAGGGCGGCGACGAUCCUCGUCCGGCCCAACUGCUAUUCUAUCUAACUUGCGCAAACUUUUACCCGAGCUACCAUCUGCAUCUUUCAACAUGAGCUCCAUGUCUUUGGCCCUUUCUGCUAACAGAUCCACUCACUCAGAUCCGAACACAUCUCAAAACAGUCCCACAGAACGAUCCCGGUUUAGAUGGUCAUUUCGUGAGCCACCAGAAGAUGGGGGCGAUCAACAAACCCAAAGAUUCCGGAAAAUUCAUGAAGACGCAAGAAUCAACCAAUUUGAUGGAAAUAUCGAGUCCAUCCUUGAGCCUACCAGUCCGGCUUCAAUUCGAAGCCGUCCUCGUUCAAACUCAGAGAGUUCGAUAUACAUUGGUCGACGGAUAUCCGGGGUCUCAGCUUACGAUGAUAUCAGCGCUUUUGCAAAUGUUGCAGAAAUGACAAAUGCCCGAUUAAAAGCUUUCACUGACAGCUUUCAAAAUUCGACCCUGAGAUUGCCCAAAUUGCCAACCAUACGGCCAUCACCAAAACGUCAGCUUAGUCCCGAGAAGGCCCAGGCCCAAGAUGGCAACCAAGAGCCAGCCAAUCGUGGGAUUCACCAUCAAUACACCACAUUAAAAAAUUUGCGGGGUGGAAAGAAAGCUGUUGAUCUCGAGUCUCCUCAGCAAAGAGCCCAUCCUGUGCUCUCCCAAGCUCUCUCCAAACUCACCGGCGAUGUCGUUGUACUAGGAGGGUAUCGGGGUUCGAUUUUAAGAUCAGCUGAACCACCGCAUCGACAACUAUGGGUACCGAUAAAAGUGGGACUAAAUCUUCGGAAGGUUGAUCUCGAGGUUGGUCUUACCAGAGAGGAUGAAGAGAAAAUGGAGCAGACAAUCAUUCCAUCAGGUGUUCUGUCACACAUCGGCCCCAUAGAUAUCUGUCGUCGACUACUCAAACAUUUGAGAAAGUGCCCAAAUACUCGCGAAAAUAAACUUCGUGUCCAUGAAUGGGGCUACGAUUGGCGUCUGAGCCCGGAUCUCCUCAGUGAGAAGCUCAUAGCAUUUCUGGAGUCGCUGGACUGCAACCAGCCCGACACGCCGCUCGAGAAACGUGGAGCAACCAUCAUAGCCCACAGCUUGGGUGGUAUGAUUACACGGCAUGCUGUCAACUUGAGACCAGAGCUCUUUGCAGGAGUCGUUUAUGCAGGAACACCACAGAACUGUGUGAAUAUCUUGGGUCCAUUCCGCAAUGGCGAUGACGUACUGCUCAGUUCUCGAGUCUUGACGGCACAAGUAACUUUCACCAUUCGCACAAGCUUUGCGCUUCUCCCUGAUGAUGGUCGAUGUUUUAUACACAAGCACACGAAUGAGAGAUUUGAUCUCGACUUCUUCGACCCUCACACGUGGGACGAGUAUCGACUAUCUCCAUGCAUCAACCCACCUUUGCAUAGUUCAACCAAGGACAACGAGCGCCGAAAAUCACUCAUGGGAACCAUUUCAGACUCUAUCAAUUCUUCAAACAAAAAGGGAUCAUGGCUCGGAGGUCAGUCUACUGAAAAAUCAGACGCCAGGGAUACUAUGGAUUCCAUCGCCCAAGAAACCGAGGAUGGCGUCCGCGACGCUCGCAACAAUAUAGAAGAGAACACAGGGGAACUUGUUGAACCAUCGAUUAAACACUCUCAGCAUCGACCCAGUGUCGCAACUGCCGUCACCAUCCCAAGAGAACUCGCCUGGGAAUAUUUAGAUCGAACCCUUGCAGAAGUACAAGUUUUCCGGCAGCAAUUAAAGUUCAUUCCUAGUCAUCAGGAGAACAAUGCUUACCCCCCUCAUGCAUACAUGUUUGGUAAGACGGUACCAACCGUGUAUGGAGCGAAAGUGGCCAAUCGUGAGGCGAUCAAGUAUAGCGACGUCUUUGACGAUCUCGCAUUUGCAGCUGGCGAUGGUGUUGUACUCGCAAGCGCAGCACAGCUGCCUGAGGGUUAUCGAUGUGUGAAAGGAGGCAGAGUGGAAACUGAUCGUGGUCAUGUUGGGCUAUUAGGGGAUCUUGAAGGAGUGGGAAGAUGUAUAUCAGCAAUUGUGGAUGCCAGAGCAAAGGGUGUCGGGCUAGGAAAGCAAUAUGCUCGCAAUGGGAAUGAUGAUUAG